UCGCAUGAAGGGCAUGCAUGUAAGAUAUCGGUAUAUGUAUAAUAGGCACAUAGCUCUACAGGCUUUAGGUAUACGGCACUUACAUGCAAAAAGCAGAGGAAAAAACCUACAAAACGGCUGCCAAGAAGGACUGCAUAUUGUGAACGUUUGUAAUGCGGUUUGUGAUGUAGAGGCCAGUCUGUGUUUUAGAUAUCUGUGGCCUGUAUCUCUCUCUCUACCUGUGUUUAUAAACGAUGUCGGCGGAUUCGGUAACUGUAAGGUUGAUGCAGCUUACAGAUGUGGCGGCGGUGUGGCAGCUGACUAAGUUGGAGUCGUGGAAUUAUAGCAUGGAGAUGGUGCGGGCGCUAUUCCAGGCUAACGAAGACGGCUCGUUUGUUGCGGAGCUUGAGAAUAAGGUGGUAGGUGUUAUAAUGGGAGCCAACUUGAGUGAAACCGAAGCAUUUGGAGGUGCCUGGAUUGUUAGUAAAGAAGUUAGAGGAAAGCGUAUUGGCACCAAGCUGUGGGAAAAAAGAAAGGAACACGUUGGAGACAGAAACUUUGGCAUCAAUUCCGUGGCCUCCCGAGUGGAGCCGAAUCUGAAGUUGGGAUACUCCGUCAAAUCAUGGAAGAUAGGCCACAUCAGCGGAAUCAUAGAUACCACGUCCCUUCAGCUUUCAGAAAAUGUAGGAUUUUCUAUCGUCCCUUUCCACAAGGAAUCAUUUGAUCGCUUAGUAGAAUACGACACCACAAUCCACACAACUGAACGAAGAAAAUUCUUGCAAGUUUGGUUAGAAAAAGAUUUGACCUUGACCUUGGUGGCAACGAAACCGGACGCAGACGACAUUGUCGGGUAUGGCGUCAUUCAAAAGAGCGACGAAGGAAAUUUCCUUGGCCCCGUUUAUGGCGAAUCGGCAGAUAUUUUGAAAGCGUUGUUGGCUAAAUUAAUUAACAAUGCUUCCUUUGGGGACAAGGUAGAUAUGUUUUCACCAAUGGAAAACGAUAUUACCAACGAGUUACUGGAGAAAAACAAAGAAACUUUGAAGCAGCGGUAUGCCUCAAGCACGCGGAUGUAUGUGCAUCAUGACGUCGAACUUCCACUGAGUAAAGUCCUAGCUCUUGCGACAGUCGAAACAACUCUUAUCUAA